UCCAGAUCACAGGUUCUGCCACGUGUCCACAAUCAGUUUAUCAAAAGUAUAAAUCGACAGUGCAGCUGUCCGUAUAUUAGUAUCCUCCAAAGCCCCAACAGUCUCCUCUUCCGCCAACGUCGCUAUUAUUCUUACUAGUACUCUCCAUAAUCUCAAACCCACUUUGUUUAUUACAAACUUCGUUUUUCUUCACUUUUAGCUCAAAGCACCAAACCCAACUCAAAAACCACGAAGCCAAAGCUACAACAAAAGCAAUUAGAAAGAGAGAGAGCGAGAGGAAAGCUAUGGAAGUCGGGCUAAAGAUGGGGAUGAAAGGAGGAGGAUUAAAUCAUGUUGGAGGUUGCGAGAAGGCAAAAAUGGGGUUUGCAGAGACUGAGCUAAGGCUAGGGUUACCUGGAGGAGGAGGAUCAGGUGAAGGUGAGGUCGUGAGGAAGAGAGGCUUCUCCGAGACUGUUGAUUUGAAGCUCAACCUUUCCUCGAAAGAAAGCUCUGGGAUGGAUGCAAACGAUGAGAAGGUGAAAGUUUUGCACAAGGAGAAGAAUCUUCUCCCUUGUGCUACUGAUCCUGCUAAGCCUCCUGCCAAAGCUCAAGUUGUGGGUUGGCCACCAGUCCGGUCAUUCAGAAAGAACGUGUUAGCCACCCAAAAGGGUAGCAGCGAGGAGAGUAGUGAGAAGGCCGCCUUUGUGAAGGUGAGCAUGGACGGUGCACCUUACCUUCGCAAAGUGGACUUGAGAAUGUACAAUAGUUACCAGGAUCUCUCUGAUGCUUUAGCCAAAAUGUUCGGUUCUUUCACCAUUGGAAAUUGUGGAUCCCAAGGAAUGAAGGAUUUCAUGAAUGAGAGCAAGCUUAUGGAUCUCCUUAAUGACUCUGACUAUGUUCCUACCUAUGAGGACAAGGAUGGUGACUGGAUGCUUGUUGGUGAUGUCCCUUGGGAGAUGUUUGUUGAAUCAUGCAAGAGGUUGCGCAUAAUGAAAGGAACCGAGGCAAUUGGACUUGCACCAAGAGCCAUGGAGAAAUGCAAGAACAGAAGCUGAAGGAUGUAGCCGUUAAUAGCGCAG